AACUGAGAGUAAGGAAGUAUGGGUUAGAUGUUUACCACAUAGCGGUACUGUACCUGAGAAAGCAUGUAAUAAUUUAGUGGAUGUGAUCAACCAGUCAUACGAGAACAAAAAGCAAAGUCUGGCAUUGAACCAUCACCUUUCUAUCAAGUGAUUGAAGUGUUUCUGUUACUGAGCUCAGAGCAGCAGGACGUCCAGGUUCAAAAGACGAGAAACUAAACAAGGAGAAGAUGAUCUGCAGGAUCCUGCUGCUCAUCAUCCUCAACUCAUGUCUCUGUGCAACAUUUGUAGUGAAUGUGACACAGAGCUGCUAUCAGGCAGAGGAGAACCACAACAUCACUCUGGAGUGGACCUUCACCACCAAGUCUACCUCCUCUGCCUCCUCUCUCUUCAUCUUCUGUGAACUCAUUAAUGAUCAGAAGCAUUCAGUCAUCUUUUAUGUAUUUAUGGGUGUUGAAGCUUCUGUGUACAUAGAUACAGAGUUUAUAGGACGGGUUCAGAGUGACAAAGACGUCCUCAGAGAAGGACAAAUCAGACUCCAUGUGUCCAGACUGAGAACUGAAGACUCUGGUUUGUACAAAUGUCAAGUGAACACAGAAUAUGGACAGGGUUCUGCCAGCCUUCAACUGAACAUCACUGAAGCUCCUGCUGAGCUCCAAACUGAGAGACCGACUGUGAGACCUGAACCAGAGGGUGGAGUUAGCACCUUCUACCCUGCAGUGAUAGUAGCUGUGAUGUUAGGAGCUGUGGUUUUAGUUGUUAUCUGUGGUGUUUUUCAUGUGGUCAGAAAGAGGAGACAAAUGAGGCCGAUAGAGACACAAAACUAUAAAUCUUUAAUCCUUCAGGAGACCAAGACUCUUCAUCUUCCAGCUUAAUCAGGCAGCUGUUAUUCCUCCACUGGUCCACCUCUGGAUAAAUUAAAGAUCAGGUCUGAAAUGAGUCCAGAUGUUCUGCAAAGACCUUCAGACUGUCUCCAUCUGAGCAGACUUCAUCUGACGGAGGAUCUCCAACAUGAACAGCAGCAAAUGAACUUUGGUUUUUCUGUAAACAUCUGAGACGAAACACGAAGACAUCUGGUUGAUCCUCUGCUCAGAUUGUCAGGACUCUAAACCCUCCAAGAUGUUGCAUUUUUCUCCAAAGACAUUUUUUUUCAACAACCAUUAAGAAGCUUCAUUAAUAUAAAAAACUUUGAAGUUAUAUUUCAAUAUUGUUUUAAUGAUAUAAAACCUGACCUCUACACCAUGUAUCUGUAGUCAAUAAAACUUUAUUUAUUUCUACUGUAGCUUUAAAAUCAUCUAAAACAUUUAAUAUGAGAAACCCAUGUUUAUAUGAAAAUAAAUCACAUUAUAAUGAUCAGACAGAGAUGUUAAUUAGAGCAAAGUUUACUUUAAAAGAGAUAUUUUUAUUUGUUCAAAACUGCUCAGGUUUAAUAAAAGUUAUGACAGAAAAUCUGACAAAAACUUUAUAAACUUUAUUAUCACUGCCUUCAUCAAAGUUGCUUGGUUGUUAGUAAUUUGCUCAGCUGUAAAAUGGUGUUUAUUCUGAUCUGUGCUUUGCUCCUUGGUCAUUAUAUGAAUUAUGUCGCCUUCUGAGAUAAUUUAACAAGUUCACUUUGUACAGUAUUUAUUUCAAGCCUCUAAAGUUACUGAAAAUGAAACAGUUUAUGUUAAUAAGCUGCUGUUCUUCAUUUUAACAUUUGUUUUGCAGCACUAGUGGCCUUUAUUUAGUCCGUUUAUGAAAGUUGACAGACAGGAAAUGGGGUGAAGAGAGGAGGAAGACAUGCAGCACAGGUCACUGUGGCUGGGACUUGAACCAGCGGAACCAAGGGCUGAAGCCUCUAUAUUUACGCUCCACCACUGCGCCAGCGUCACAACCAAUAGGCUGCUGUUCUAGACCUCUCUGAACAGCGUGCUAAUAUCUUAGUGCUUAGCUUGUAUCUGUGAUAAAUUACUGUAACAACUGUUUAAUUUAGCAUUUCUGUUUUUUCCUGUUUUCACAGCUUUUAAUCUCAUCUUUAUAUUGCUGUCAAUUAGAAGAGUUGUUUCUAAUACAUUAAAUAUGGAUUAAAUAAAGUUUCUAGUCAGAUUCUGAUCAUUUUAAACUUUAAACAGCAGACUGCAAUCAGUGUUUUCUCUAAUGAAACAUCACAUGAGGUCAAAAGGUUAAAAGCUGCUCUUUCAACCUGAUUCCUGAACAUUGGACCUGAUGUUCUGAUGUUUGGUUCAUAUAUGCUUCUUACUGGUUUCUCUGGGUUUCUGUGUGUUUGAAGGUAAUUUUGGGAUCUUGUCAAUGUUUAUUAUUUCUGUGCUCUGAUUAAUAUUAUAUAUUCAUCUAAGGUAAUGAGUUAUGGCUUGUUUUAUUGUAAAUGUUUUCCAGUAUUAUUUUCUUUUUUAAAACUUUGAACUGAAGCUGCAGCUUUGUUUCUGAAAUAAACUGGUUCAGUCACA